AAAUAAACGAAAUACUCUUUAUUCGAACGACAACGGGAUCUCUUGUUCAGUAGAUCACCAGCCUUACUCCGACGUUAAUUACGAAUUUAUUCGGUGACUCGGUGACAACUACACAACUGCGUGCGGUGCUGUAGAGAUUUUCAUUUGAAGCAACCAGAAAUCAAUCCAUUGAAUUGAGAGAAGCGCGUAACGCAUCCAAAUCAAAUAUCUCGAUUAACGCAAUUUUGAAAAAUCUGACAUAAAAUGUCGUCAUCGCAAGCUGUACGCUCCUCGAAAUACUCCUACCGGGCCACAUCCACCGGACCCGGUGCGGCCGAUGUGAACAUCGAAUACAUUACCGACACGAGCUCGCUCUCCCGCUUGGAGGAUAAGAUCCGUUUGCUCCAAGAUGAUCUUGAAGUUGAACGUGAGCUGCGUCAAAGGAUCGAGCGCGAGAAAGCCGACCUCAGCGUUCAGGUCAUACAGAUGUCCGAACGUCUCGAGGAAGCUGAGGGUGGUGCUGAACAUCAAUUUGAAGCGAAUCGCAAGCGCGAUGCCGAGCUGUUGAAGCUGCGCAAGCUGCUUGAGGAUGUUCAUCUUGAAUCGGAGGAGACCGCCACGCUUUUGAAGAAAAAGCACAACGAAAUUAUUACGGAUUUCCAGGAACAAAUUGAAAUCCUAACGAAAAAUAAGGCUAGAGCCGAAAAGGACAAGGCCAAAUUCCAGGCCGAAGUCUACGAGCUGCUCUCCCAAAUCGAAUCCUACAACAAGGAGAAAAUCGUAUCGGAGAAACAUAUCCAGAAAUUGGAAGUCUCCAUUACUGAGCUGAAUGUGAAGAUCGAGGAGCUGAAUCGCACCGUCAUCGAUAUCACUUCGCACAAAUCUCGCCUCUCGCAGGAGAACAUUGAGCUGAUCAAGGACGUCCAAGAUCUCAAAGUUCAAUUGGACACAGUCUCGUUUUCCAAGAGCCAAGUCAUCUCUCAGCUGGAAGAUGCACGCCGCCGCCUGGAAGACGAAGACCGUCGUCGCUCAAUGCUCGAAUCUUCGCUGCAUCAGGUUGAGAUCGAAUUGGAUUCAACUCGUUCUCAACUCGAGGAAGAGUCUGAGGCGCGCAUUGACUUGGAACGUCAGUUGGUCAAGGCCAAUGCCGAUGCCACUUCGUGGCAAAACAAAUGGAAUGCCGAAGUGGCAGCCCGUGCCGAAGAGGUUGAGGAGAUUCGUCGCAAGUACCAAGUGCGCAUCACCGAACUGGAGGAGCACAUCGAAACCCUCAUUGUCAAGGUCAACAAUCUGGAGAAGACCAAGACCCGCCUCGCCAGCGAAGUGGAGGUGCUCAUCAUCGAUCUGGAGAAGUCCAACAACAGCUGCCGCGAACUGCAGAAGGCCGUCAACACCCUCGAGAAGCACAAUGUCGAACUGAAGAGCCGUCUAGAUGAGACCAUCGUACUGUACGAGACCAGCCAGCGCGAUCUGAAGAACAAGCAAGCCGAUCUGCAGCGCACCGUCCACGAACUGGACAAGGUCAAGGAUGCCAACGGUCAGCUGGGCCGCGAGAACAAGAAGCUGGGCGAUGAUCUGCAUGAGGCCAAGAGCGUCAUUAACGAGCUGAACCGUCGUCUGCACGAACUGGAACUGGAGCUGCGUCGCUUGGAGAACGAGCGUGAUGAGCUGACCUCUGCCUACAAGGAAGCCGAGGCUGGUCGCAAGGCUGAGGAGCAGCGCGGACAGCGUCUGGCCGCUGACUUCAACCAGUACCGUCACGACGCCGAGCGUCGUCUGUCCGAGAAGGACGAAGAGAUUGAGGCUAUUCGCAAGCAGACCAGCAUUGAGAUCGAGCAGCUGAAUGCUCGCGUCGUGGAGGCCGAGACCCGGCUGAAGACCGAGGUGACACGCAUCAAGAAGAAGCUGCAGAUCCAGAUCACCGAGCUGGAGAUGUCCCUGGAUGUGGCCAACAAGACCAACAUCGAUCUGCAGAAGGUGAUCAAGAAGCAGUCGCUGCAGCUGACCGAACUCCAGGCCCACUACGAAGAUGUUCAGCGCCAGCUGCAGGCCACCCUCGAUCAGUACGGCGUUGCCCAGCGUCGUCUGGCCGGCCUCAACGGUGAGCUGGAGGAGGUGCGCUCGCAUCUGGAUAGCGCCAACCGUGCCAAGCGCACCGUCGAGAUCCAGUACGAGGAGGCCAACACACGCAUCAACGAGCUGACCAGCGCCAACGUGAACCUGGUGUCGCUCAAGUCGAAGCUGGAACAGGAAUUGAGCGUUGUUGCUUCCGACUACGAGGAGGUGUCCAAGGAGCUGCGCAUCAGCGACGAGCGCUACCAGAAGAUCCAGGUCGAGCUGAAGCAUGUCGUCGAGCAGGUGCAUGAGGAGCAGGAGCGCUGCGUCAAGCUGGAGACCAUCAAGAAGUCUUUGGAAGUCGAAGUCAAGAACUUGUCCAUUCGCCUGGAGGAAGUUGAGCUGAACGCCGUUGCCGGUAGCAAGCGCAUCAUCAGCAAACUGGAGGCACGCAUUCGUGAUCUGGAGCUGGAGCUGGAGGAGGAGAAGCGCCGUCAUGCCGAGACCAUCAAGAUCUUGCGCAAGAAGGAGCGCACCGUCAAGGAGGUGAUGGUACAGUGCGAGGAGGACCAGAAGAACAUCAUCCUGCUGCAGGAUGCCCUGGACAAGACCACUGCCAAGAUCAACAUCUACAGACGCCAGCUGUCCGAGCAGGAGGGCGUCUCCCAGCAGACGACCACCCGUGUCCGCCGUUUCCAGCGCGAACUGGAGGCUGCCGAGGAUCGUGCCGAUGUUGCCGAAUCCAAUUUGAAUCUGAUCCGCGCCAAGCACCGCACAUUCGUCACCACUUCCACCGUGCCCGGCUCUCAGGUGUACAUUCAGGAGACAACAAGAACGAUCACCGAAUAGAUCAAUCUCACUGAUCCACACACUCAAACACGCACACAGCACACACACCCACACAAAUACACACACACACACA